UUCUGGCGGAUUGUCUGUGUGUAUAAAUGUAUAUAUAUAUGCAUAUUUUCUAACUAAAUACAUAGUUGUAUGUCGUCAUCAUAAGUAACAGCCGUGGGGGUCGAAUCAUGGGAAUACAUUUUCAAAAAAUUCUUCUAGUUGGUGCCAUUAUCAUUGGUUUCAUUUCAAUAUUGUCCAUUCUGGUUUGCAAAUUGCUACAAGAAAAAAUUCCAAAUGUCUUGAAACUGGAGGAUAGGGAAUUUUCAUUUGACUAUGUAGUUGUUGGUGCUGGAACGGCUGGAUCCACACUUGCCUCUCUGCUAACAAAGCACAGCAAUGGAAGUGUGUUGCUUGUUGAAGCUGGCGGCUCCUUUGGCUACCUUAGCCGAAUCCCGCUGCUCACCACAUUCCAACAGAAGGGCAUAAACGAUUGGUCAUUCCUCUCAGCGCCGCAGAAGCAUUCUUCAAAAGGCUUGAUUGAACAGCGUCAAUGCCUGCCACGGGGAAAGGGAUUGGGCGGGUCAGCGAAUUUGAACUUUAUGUUGCAUUUUGAUGGCCAUGGACCUGACUUUGACUCGUGGCACACGUUGCACAACUUGAGUGACUGGAGCUGGGAUCACAUGCGUCCAUUUAUGAUAGCUGCCAAACCAAAACCUGUAGAUCUAUAUGAGAUUCCAAGCAGUUACUCCACGCUUACGGAAGCGUUACUUGAAGCUGAAUCUGAGUUUGGUUAUAAAACAUGGAAAUUUAGACGCUCUGCUUACAACAUUAAGAAUGGAUUGCGACACUCUGUGCUUCAUCAAUUUCUUCUGCCCGUGCUCAAGAACGUCAAUCUGCGUCUGCUACCCCAGGCUCUGGUGAAGCGUAUUAAGCUAUCUUCAAAGCCCACGUUGGGUGCCAGCUCUAUCCUGGUGGGCAUCAAGGAUGAGAACAACAAGGAGUUGGAGUUGAACAUUAGAGUGCGACGCGAGCUGCUGCUGUGUGGGGGCGCCUAUCAAACACCUCAGCUGCUCCUGGCCUCUGGCAUUGGCGACAGCACACAGUUGGCUCGGUUGCAGUUGCCGGUGCAACAUCAUUUGCCGCUGGUGGGUCAUGGUUUGCAUGAUCAUUUUAAUGUGCCGCUUUUUGUCUCUAUGGGCAUCGUUGGACCCACUCUUAACCAGCGAAUAAUUCUCAGUCCAGUAAAUCUAUAUAACUAUUUAAGCACCGGCACUGGAAGCUUUGGCAAUUUCGGAGUAUGUGGACAUCUUGCUAGUCACGACGAAUCUUUGCCGUUUGGCAUCACAUUUUUUGGCGCUGGCGCCAUUGACGAAACUGCUCUCAUGUCCAUCUCAAAUUUCAAGCGGGCGGCAUUUCGGGCGCUCUUCCCACGAUAUCACAAUGCCACGCAGGAGGGAUUUGUGGCCAUAUCCAGCUGCCUGCAGCCUAAGUCUAGGGGCUCUGUGUCGCUGCUGCACAAGAGCAUGCGCAGGAAUCCCCUAAUUGAUCCUAACUAUCUGAGCGAUCAACAGGAUGUGGCAUGUACCAUUGUCGCAAUCAGGAAUGCUGUAAAGGUGAUUACAUCCUCCGCUUUUGCAAAGCUACAGCCGCGAAUUCAUUGGCCCAAGUUGCAGGAAUGCGCCAAUUUCGGACCAUUUGAAAGGGACUUUCUUAAAAACCAGCCGUCGGAUCAAUAUCUAGAAUGUCUUAUGCGACACAUUGGUCUCAGCUCACAUCAUCCAGGUGGCAGCUGUGCUCUGGGAAGCGUCGUCGACUCGCAACUUCGAUUACAUGGUAUUCCCAACAUGCGAGUUGUUGAUGCCAGCGUGCUGCCCCGGCCAAUCUCCGGUAAUCCCAAUACUGUCAUCGUAGCUAUUGCCAUGCGUGCAGCCUCUUGGAUACUAAAGGACGAGUUACGAGAUAGUAUGUCUAACUAAAACCGAAUUACUAGCUAAUAUUUAUUAUCAAAUUUGUUAAUAAAAUGUCUAUUUUAAAAAUUAGAUUUAA